UCCUCUUAAAACCUCUUCUUCUCCCAACAAAAAAAAAAACUCCCUAACGACCAAAAAAUAAAACAGAAGACGUGUUGAGAAGAAAAACAGAACACAACCGGCGAUGUCAGGUCCGUCUAGAAAGAACAUGGAGAGGAUUAAAGGUCCAUGGAGUCCAGAAGAAGACGAUCUCUUGCAGAGUCUGGUGCAGAAGCACGGUCCGAGAAACUGGUCUUUGAUCAGCAAAUCUAUCCCUGGGCGGUCCGGCAAAUCCUGCCGUCUCCGCUGGUGUAACCAGCUAUCUCCGGAGGUCGAGCACCGUGCUUUUACGGCGGAGGAAGACGAGACGAUCAUACGAGCGCACGCUCGGUUCGGUAACAAGUGGGCGACGAUCUCUCGUCUCCUCAAUGGAAGAACCGACAACGCUAUCAAGAACCAUUGGAACUCGACGCUCAAGCGUAAAUGCAGCGCUUUUACAUCAGAAGGACAGAGCUGUGACUUCGGUGGAAACGGAGGGUAUGACGGUAACUUGGGAGAGGAGCAACCGUUGAAGCGCACGGCGAGCGGUGGUGGUGUGUCUACUGGGCUAUAUAUGAGCCCCGGGAGUCCAUCUGGAUCUGACGUCAGCGAGCAAUCUUGUGGUGUUCCGCACGUGUUCAAACCGACGGCUAGAUCUGGUGCCGUGACGGAGGUGACGGAGGUGACGGCGUCAACGUCCGGUGAAGAUCCCCCGACUUAUCUAAGUUUGUCUCUUCCUUGGAAUAACCGUUGCGAGACGGAGACGGUUAGAGUCAACGAGCCAACUCAGGUUAAUGAGAAUACGGUUACUGACGGUGGUUACACGGCGGAGCUGUUCCCGGUUAGAAAGGAAGAGGUGGAAGAAGAGAAGGGGAUAUCAGGAUUCGGUGGUGAGUUCAUGACGGUGGUGCAGGAGAUGAUUAGGACGGAGGUGAGGAGUUACAUGGCGGAUUUACAGAGAGGGAACGUGGGCGGUGGCGGUUCCAUCGGAGGGAGUGGAGGAGGUGGUGGUGGUUCGUGUAUGCCGCAAAGUGUAAACAGCCGUCGUGUCGGGUUUAGGGAGUUCAUAGUGAACCAAAUCGGUAUUGGGAAGAUGGAGUAGUAAAGAGAGAAGAAGCAAAAGAGUCUCUUCAACUUUUUCACUCUGUUUCUCGGGCAAAAUAAAAGUUUUAAGGCUUUACAUGUAUUAUGUAUAGAGCCAAAGCCAGCAAUGGUUAGAGAGACAGAACAAGGAAGCAAAUCUAAACAAUCUUUUGUAAUCAUAUGAUCUUUCGUGAUUCAAAAAGGAAGCCAAAACUUUUCUUAAAA